GGUAAUCGCCUGCCUAGCCUGUCUGUCAUCUGAGCUCCCCGCCUCCAUCGGUUAUCCCACAGUCGUACACCGCUAUCUUUAGUAAGGCUUAACCACGAAGUUGCGCAGGCUGAGACGAACUGCCCACGAACUCUACCUGGAGACACUCGAAAGCUCUUCUUUGUAUUUUUGUUUCUCCUUUUCUCGAAAGCGCAGUUUAUAUAUUUUUAAAUAUGGGGGAAUGACACGUACAUUUUCAGCCAGCUCCGUUUGAUGUGACAAGCGUGUUCCAGGAUGUUGCUUCGGAGACGCAUUGACCGACCUCCCAGGGCUAGGCUAUGUCCCGGGCUACUGUUGUGUAUUAUGUUCGCUACCGUAGCUGCCAGCGUUCCAGCGAAGCGAUGCCCUCAUCAUAUAGACUGUGCCCGGGAGAAGCGGGAGUUCUGCCAGUCAGGCUCCACCCGCUGUGGGCCCUGCCACACGCCAUUCGAGGAGGAUGAGGAGGGGAAGUGUGUGAUCCGAAGACACCACCGUCCUGAAACUUCCUAUUCAGACUUGGAUGAAGAAAUUGACUUCUUGUCCUCUGUCAUUGCCAAACAGCAAUUGCCCAAAGACAAGCAAUCAGUUUCGCCAUCUCAGGUGACGGCCGGGUCUCGGACAGAUGGAGAUGCCCAGCAGCGCGCUGUUCUCCAGCCGACCACCACGCCGGGCCCGUCCACCCCGACCCACCAGACCCCCAACCCCCCGCUGCCCCUCACCCAAGUGGGCCGCAACGGGCCCGGCUCCCUGUCCAACCUCUCCAGAGACACCAUGCUCGUCAUUGUAAUCUCCAUCUGUAUCAUCGUUGGAACAAUAUCUAUGAUCUUCGCAACUGUCUUCUGGGUGAAACUGCAGAGAGAAUCACGACUGGCGCAGAAGGUCGACUACCCCGCAUUCGGAACCGCAGGCCCAGUCAAGAUGACCACAGCCAAUGGAACUAAGCGGUCCGGAGAUAAAGAUCUGGCCCAGAGUGCCCAGAUGUAUCACUACCAACAUCAGAAGCAGCAGAUGCUCUCACUGGAAAAACAUAAGGACCAUCCACGAGUGUCUGAGUCGGGUGCUACAUCUGAUGAGGAAAAUGAGGAGGGGGACUUCACUGUGUAUGAGUGUCCAGGACUAGCGCCGACUGGAGAGCUAGAGGUGAAGAACCCACUGUUUGAUGACUCCAAUCUAAGCCAGCAGAAGAUUCACAAGUGACCUGGAUACACACACACACACACACACACAGGCGCUGAUUGCAGUUCAAAUACCCAAACCUCACCUGAUGCCCUAUGUUACAGAUGCCCCUUAGAACAAACGUAAUAGGGAAACUGACACAAAAGAAUAAUAAACAGAUUCAUAUGGACUUGUCAUGAAUACUGAAUAUUUGUGAGGAGUCAAACUGUAUUCACAACUCACUCGCGCUCUCUCUCUCUCUCUCUCUCUCUCUCUCUCUCGCUUUAGUUUUUCCCUGUUGUCUUCUGUGGUCUUGGACUUGCUUUACUGGCAUUAUUAUUUGUUCUUUUGACAGUAGAGUACUUAGAGGUAUAAUUCCGUGUUUUUGAUAUUUCUCAUCUAUCACUGAUAUCAGAACACUGUCAUCCUGUCGUGCUAUCUUUAUGUGACCUGGAAAUACUGUAAGUCAUGAUCUCAUGACUCACUAAGUUGAGACACCAACAACUUAGUGUUUACUGUCCAUGUUCUAUGAGUGCUAGUUACUAGCUGCACUGCAUUGUGGGUAUAAACAAACAACAAAAAAAGGGGGCAUUUCCUCUGACCGUUCUAAAAAGAAUUCUGGAAUGUCCCUCAUGGUGUGGAUGCGCCAAAGAUCCUUCAUUACUGACAAGAUAGAGCAACACAAUGCAUCUCUAUGGAAGCCAAAUUUGAACAUUUCCUGUCUGCUUAAAGAGGCGUGUCGCAAAGACGUCAUAGUGGGAUAUCGAUCUCUGUCAGAUUGGCAAGCAGUUCAGUUUGAAUGUAACGUUACUUUCUAGGUCUGCUUAAAGGGGGAUUCCCCCCCCCCCCCCCCCCCCCCCCUUUGCGAAAGCUGAACGUGGAAAGGGUGGAACGUUUGCGCCUCUCACUCUGCAUUAACCCUCUCUGGAUGCGCCUACUGUUUCUCCGGAUCAUCAUUGUUUCUCUUUCUCUCUAACUCUCUCGUUUUAUGCACACUAUUACCACACAUAAAAAUGCAUCAGUCGAUCAUCCUGUCAAUCUGAUGUAUAAUUCUGCUCCCUCUGUCUGCCUCUGUCUGCAUUCUCUUCUCCCUUUUCUCAGACCUAAUUACUGUGUUAAGGUAGAGCAGAGGUUGAAAUCAGAUCAAGUAUUUAUUGGUCAAACGUAUCAUGUCUACUCUGCAAUGACAAAACAAGCCGAAGCCAUGAGAUAGAUUGGAUAAAGGUUCGAGAAAGCUUGCAGCUAAGCUGUGAAUUUUUUUUUUUUUUACAAAUCAACAUGAUACGUGUCUACAUUAUAUGGUGUUUAGUUUGAAUUAGAUUCUACAUAUUUUCCUGAUAUACAUUUUCACCCUUGUCCAAGGAAAUGUUAAUUGAUCUUUCAAAUAUAUCUAAACAUAUCAGUUAGAAACUGAUCAGAAUCCCCUAAAGUACCACUUCUCUUUAACUAAAUUAUGUCUUCAUGUACUAAUUAAGGUCAUAAAAUGAAAUAGAAAAAACUUGAUCUACUGAUGUAUAUUCCCAGAAAAUUUUGAUUGUGUCACAUUUUAUAUAUUUGUACAUGCAAGACCGAAAAAUAAACAUUGAAACAAUUAAAAGAA